CAAUCACAAACAUGUCCAAGGUUUACUUCGAUAUCGCCGCAAACGGCCAAAAGUUAGGUAGAAUCACCUUCAAGUUGUACAACGACGUUGUCCCAAAGACCGCCGAAAACUUCCGUGCCUUGGCUACCGGUGAAAAGGGCUUUGGUUUCGCUGGCUCUGCUUUCCACAGAGUUAUUCCUCAAUUCAUGUUGCAGGGUGGUGACUUCACCAGAGGUAACGGUACCGGUGGUAAGUCCAUCUACGGUGAGAAGUUUGCUGACGAAAACUUUGCCAAGAAGCACGAAAGACCUGGUUUGCUUUCCAUGGCCAACGCUGGUCCAAACACCAACGGUUCCCAAUUCUUCAUCACCACUGUUCCAUGCCCAUGGUUGGACGGUAAGCACGUCGUCUUCGGUGAAGUUGUUGAAGGCUUCGACGUCGUCAAGCAGGUUGAAGGUUACGGUUCCAACUCUGGUGCCACUUCUGCCAGAAUCACCAUUGAAGCUUCUGGUGAAUUGUAAAUGAGGAAUUGAAAAAUUUGUCCUAGGCAGGAAUAUCGGAAACUGUCUGAUUGUGUACGUCAAUUGGCGACUGUGAGAACUCAAUGCUGUCAAUUGGCUGUGUCCAAUGGCAUGUCGCGUGCAUGUCGUGUUUCUGCCGUUCAAUUUGGUUUAUUAGUUAAUUAUAAAAUGUACGCUGCACAGACUCGAUUGAAUGGGGUCUGAUCGGUAUUG